CCCCUUCGAUUCUGAAUGCGGAACGAACAGACGUCGGAUGCUCUGGCGACCUCGAGAGUCGAGACGCCAUUCACGCCGACAUCGCAAAUCUUGAGCAAGCAUAUGCGCGAAGAAGCCGAUGACGGAGACUUACAUCAAUUCACCCCGCGCACUCCAGCAUUCACCUGUCUUUACGAUGACGCCACCCACCUUCGCGCAUGGGUGGGCGGUAUAGUGCCCUGCUACACGAGCCUUCAAUUAACAUUGCCCUCCCUGGCGGAGGGAUCGACAUCGCCCUCUUUGGCAGAUGAAGCGGACGCUGCGCUCGCACAAUACGCGCAGGAGACUUUCCGUGUUCCGCUGCACGUUGUGCGUACUGGAAGGAGGCUGCCGGAAGUUUCUUUCCUCAUAUACCAGAAACGGGAUACGUCUCGCUUCUCCCGCUCGCAAUGGGCAGAGUGA